CCGCUCGGCACUCGGCAGUCCGCAGCCCUCGGAACGCGAGGAGAGGCGCCUGCAGGUCGCGCUGCCUCGCAGCCUCGGCAGGUUCUGCUGGAGACUGACAUUUGGCUUCAAUGUGAAAUGAAAGUUGAAAAUUGCUUCUAUAUGUAUGUUGCUGUCAGAAUGUUUAGUCAUUUAUGAUCAUGUAUAAAAAGGGAAGUUCUGUUCUAGAGCUCCAACUACAACACAAAUAAGUGCUCAUCCUCAAUGUCAAGCACCUCUCCUUUCUGCUGGAGUGAAAGUCCUCUCCAGACACCAACAAAACAUCAGCUACAGAAAAUGCUUUGUGUUUUAAGGAUGUCAACAACCUAAGUUCAUGCACCCUCUCUGUACAAUAGUUGUGGAUGGUUUGCCAUCUGAAAGCUCCUCAAGUUCUUAUCCAGACCUGGUGUCUGUUUCUGACAUGUCUCUGCUUCAUGCAUUGGGCCCAGUGCAGACCUGGCUGGGACAAGAGCUAGAGAAAUGUGGCAUUGAUGCCAUGAUUUACACUCGCUAUGUUCUCAGUCUUCUGCUUCAUGACAGCUAUGACUACGACCUGCAGGAACAGGAGAAUGACAUCUUCCUUGGCUGGGAAAAAGGAGCCUAUAAGAAAUGGGGAAAAAGUAAGAAAAAGUGUUCAGAUCUAACUCUUGAAGAAAUGAAAAAACAGGCUGCUGUCCAGUGUCUUCGUUCUGCUUCUGAUGAAAGUUCUGGGAUCGAGACUUUGGUGGAGGAACUCUGCUGCAGACUGAAAGACCUGCAGAGUGAGCAAGAAGAGAAGAUUCACAAAAAGUUUGAGGGGUCUCCCUCUCCAGAGGCAGAAUUGUCCCCUACAGCAAAGGAUCAAGUGGAAAUGUACUAUGAAGCAUUUCCACCACUUUCAGAGAAACCAGUUUGCCUGCAAGAGAUCAUGACCGUCUGGAACAAGUCCAAAGCCUGUUCUUAUUCUAGUUCCUCUUCAUCAUCCACAGCACCCCCAGUGAGCACAGACACAUCUUCCCCGAAAGACUGCAAUAGUGAAAGUGAAGUCAUCAAGGAAAGGAGCGUGGAAACAUCCAUCAAUGUGCUUGAGAAAAGCCAGAGCAGAAGCAGACACGAAAAGGAGAACAAGUUGAGUAAUGGCACCAUCGAAGAAAAACCUGCCAUCUACAAAAAGCAAAUCCGACAUAAGUCUGAAGGGAAGACUCGCCCUCGGUCUUGGUCUUCUGGCUCUAGUGAAGCAGGCUCAAGUUCAAGUGGUAAUCAGGGAGAAUUAAAAGUAUCCAUGAAAUAUGUUAAAGUCAGACAUAAAGCACGAGAAAUUCGAAACAAAAAAGGGCGGAAUGGGCAAAACAGGCUGUCACUGAAGCACAGUGAGAAGGCAGAGAGAAGUGUCUAUGCAGGCAGCAGUAGCAGCAGCAGCAGUGGCAAUGGGUCAUUCAGGCAGCUGUGCAAGCGGGGUAAAAGACCAGCAAAAGAGACAGGGAGAAAAGAUCCUGGGUGCUCUACAGGAAAAGACCUGUAUGUGGAGAGCAGAAACAACAAAGAGUACAAAGAGGAGCCAUUAUGGUACACUGAACCCAUUGCUGAAUAUUUUGUUCCUUUGAGCAGAAAAAGCAAACUAGAGACCACAUACCGAAACAGACAGGACACAAGUGCUCUGACCUCAGAGGCAGUAGAAGACUUGUCUGAAUCAGUGCAUGGUCUUUGUAUCAGCAACAGUAAUAUCCAUAAAACAUACCUCGCAGCAGGUACUUUCAUUGAUGGUCAUUUUGUAGAAAUGCCUGCAGUUAUAAAUGAGGAUAUUGACCUCACUGGGACCUCAUUAUGUUCUCUACCAGAGGACAAUAAAUACCUAGAUGAUAUUCAUCUAUCAGAAUUAACGCACUUCUAUGAAGUGGAUAUUGAUCAAUCCAUGUUGGAUCCUGGUGCCUCAGAAACAAUGCAAGGAGAAAGUCGAAUUUUGAAUAUGAUUCGACAAAAAAGCAAAGAGAAUGCAGAUUUUGAGGCAGAAUGUUGCAUAGUGUUAGAUGGUAUGGAAUUGCAAGGGGAACGUGCAAUAUGGACAGAUUCUACCAGCUCUGUGGGUGCUGAGGGCUUCUUCCUACAAGACCUUGGCAACCUGGCUCAGUUUUGGGAGUGUUGUUCAUCCAGCUCUGGUGAUGCUGAUGGAGAGAGUUUUGGAGGAGACUCUCCAAUAAGACUCUCUCCAAUCUUGGACAGCACAAUGCUCAAUUCACACUUGCUUGCUGGCAAUCAAGAGCUCUUUUCAGAUAUUAAUGAAGGAUCUGGUAUAAACUCUUGUUUUUCAGUGUUUGAAGUGCAAUGUAGUAAUUCUGUUUUACCAUUUUCUUUUGAAACACUCAACUUGGGAAGUGAAAAUACAGAUUCUAGUGCUAAUAUACUUGGGAAAACACAGUCUAGAUUGCUAAUAUGGACCAAAAAUAGUGCCUUUGAAGAAAAUGAACAUUGUUCUAAUCUUUCAACAAGAACUUGUAGUCCGUGGUCCCAUUCAGAAGAAACACGUUCAGACAACGAGACAUUAAACAUUCAGUUUGAAGAACCGACACAGUUUAAUGCAGAAGAUAUUAAUUAUGUAGUUCCUAGAGUCUCAUCAAAUUAUGUAGAUGAAGAACUUCUAGAUUUUUUGCAAGAUGAAACUUGCCAGCAAAACAGUAGGACUUUAGGAGAAAUUCCUACAUUAGUUUUCAAAAAAAGAUCUAAGCUAGAAUCUGUCUGUGGUAUUCAACUAGAACAAAAAACAUUAAACAAAAGCUUUGAAACUACACAAGCAUGUAGUGAAAGCAGUCCACAUGGAGAUAGCUACAGCUCAGGGGUUAUUAAAGACAUUUGGACAAAGAUGGCAGAUAGACAUUCUACAGCUACAGUAGAACUAGAAAGAACUGAUGAUGAGUUGUUUUCAACAGAUGUGAAUAAUUACUGCUGCUGCUUGGAUGCUGAAGCUAAAAUGGAGUCCCUUCAGGAGCCAAGUAGGGCUGUGCAGAGAUCAGAGUAUCAUCUCUGGGAGGGACAGAAGAAGAACCCAGAAAAAAGAACAUUUGUCUCUAGUGAGCUGUCAAAGGUGGAUGGUGGUGAUUAUACCACACCCUCUAAACCUUGGGGUGUGGCCCAAGAUAAAGAGAAUGCAUUCAUUCUUGGAGGAGUUUAUGGAGAACUUAAAACCUUCAACAGUGAUGGGGAAUGGGCAGUUGUACCACCUAGUCACACAAAAGGAAGUUUGUUGCAGUGUGCAGCCUCUGAUGUUGUGACAAUAGCUGGUACGGAUGUCUUUAUGACCCCAGGAAACAGCUUUGCUCCUGGGCACAGGCAGUUAUGGAAACCCUUUGUGUCAUUUGAACAAAAUGAUCUGCCGAAGAGUGGGGAAAAUGGAUUAAAUAAAGGAUUUUCUUUUAUCUUCCAUGAAGACUUGCUAGGAGCUUGUAGUAACUUUCAAGUUGAAGAUCCUGGGCUUGAAUAUUCGUUCUCUUCCUUUGACCUAAACAAUCCAUUUUCACAAGUUCUUCAUGUAGAAUGUUCAUUUGAACCCGAAGGGAUUGCAUCUUUCAGCCCCAGUUUUAAGCCGAAAUCAAUUCUCUGCUCUGAUUCAGACAGUGAGAUUUUUCACCCCAGGAUAUGUGGUGUUGACAGAACACAAUACAGGGCUAUUCGGAUCUCUCCCCGGACUCACUUUCGCCCAAUUUCUGCAUCUGAACUGUCCCCUGGAGGAGGAAGUGAGUCGGAAUUGGAAUCUGAGAAAGAUGAAGCAAAUAUUCCCAUUCCUUCUCAGGUUGAUGUAUUUGAAGAUUCACAGGCAGAUCUCAAGCCUCUGGAAGAAGAUGCAGAGAAAGAAGGCCACUACUAUGGGAAGUCAGAGCUUGAGUCUGGGAAGUUCCUUCCCAGAUUAAAAAAAUCUGGGAUGGAGAAGAGUGCUCAGACAUCACUGGAUUCCCAGGAAGAGGCAACUGGGAUUCUGCCCAUCAGAAAGCAAAAUCAGUGUUUGGAAUGUAGCAUGAAUGAAUCUCUGGAAAUAAAUUUAGAAAGUUCAGAAGCAAAUUGUAAAAUCAUGGCACAAUGUGAGGAAGAAACUAAUAAUUUUUGUAGUUGCAAAGCAGGUUGUCAGUUCCCUGCUUGUGAAGAUAAUCCAGUUUCUUCAGAACAACUGGAAAAGUUUCCUGUACUGAACACUGAUGUACAAGAAAUGAAUAGAAAUCAAGAAAAACAGACCUGGUGGGAAAAAGCCUUAUACUCUCCUCUUUUUCCUGCAUCAGAGUGUGAAGAAUGUUAUACAAAUGCCAAGGGAGAGAAUGAUAUAGAAGAAUAUCCAGAUGCUAAAGAAAUACCCUGUAAUGAAGAGCGUCUGUUAAAUUUUAAUAGGGUGUCUUCUGUCUAUGAAGCAAGAUGCGCAGGAGAGAGAGGCUCUGGUGUCAAACCAAACAGCCUCCCCAGGAAGAUGUGCUCCAGCACCAGCUCUGACUCAGGCGACACAGGCCCUGAAGAUGGCAGCGAGUGGGUGGGCCCCAGCGGAGAGGAGCUGUUCUCCCGAACGCAUCUUUGACCCUGCAGAAUAGUAACAAUCUUUUUUAAAAUGCUGUGUGAAGGGAAGUUGCCUUCUGUAAGGCCUGUUAGUCUGAAGCAGCAACUUAGGUUUCUUCUUGGAUUAACUGAUUCACAUCAGUGAUUACCUUUCUCUUCUUGCUUAUUUUAGCAUUGAGGACAGCUGUCCUGUUGAAGAUGUGUUUCCAAGCUGUUAAGUUCUUGCUAUCUGAAGUAGACUAGACUGUGCUGUCCAGUGAAGAAUGAGUGUGCAUGUGCUUGUCCUAGUAGUGUCCCCGCUUCUGCAUCGCAGCUGCAGGCCCUCUCCCUCUUGUGGUGGCUGCGUCGCCAUCACCUUGUCAGUACUGCAGCACGACAGCCACUACAGCUGUCCAGAGACUCUAGCUUUGUUCUCUGAGAGCCAGGAGAUAAAUCCUUCCCUGCAGUGUGUUGGGGCCUUUAUGAAGGUAGGAGGGAAGCAUGGUGACUCAUCUGCAAUUUCAUUCAGCAAAAUCUUAUGUACAUUUGAUAUAGAAACCACAAGAGUGUGCUUUUAGAGACUUACAAAAUACUGUGUUUUCUUUCUUAGGAUUUAACCUGAAGUAUCAUGGAUGAUACUGUGGUUUGUGAAUUUCUUGCUAACUGAAGAAGCCAAGGAUUUGAGGCAUGGGGUAGUAAGAUGAGGAAGAGUGGGGUAAGCAUGCCCACUCUACCCAGCCAGCUUUGAUACUGUGGUGCAGUCAUACAAAUGCCAGCCAGGGUUUUCUAUGCUAGAUCUUCACAUGAUUGAGGACCUUGGUUGCCAGUUGUAAUACUUUGGUGACUUCAUUGAACUGAGGUCUCCAAACUUGAACUUAAAAAAUUUGACAUGCAAUAAGGCCACCUCAUCACCCCAAAGAAAUCUUUGGCUACUGCAGCUAGCUGCUCUGUGGCUGUGAUGUAGUAUAGCUUAUAUCUCAUUCUAUGUUUGAGAGAAUGUUCUGGGCAAGUUCUGUGUGUGGUGGGCUGGGGUAGGUAGAGUAAUUUUCCACAUACCUGUGUGAUUGCUUUCUGAUCAUUGCUUCAUAUGAUUGGUGAGCCCAGACCCUCUGCGUGUCUCACACAUUUGCAUCUAAACAUGCUGAUCACCUCCGCAACUCGCACAACAGUGUGUAACAGGUUGAAGCUAAGAGGGCUAAUAUGUGCAAAGCCUAAACCUUCUAAAUUAUCCUUUUUAACCAACUUGUCUUAAAAAUACCUAAUCUGUGACAUCAGUUUAGCAUGUUCAUGAUGUCAGGGAUGAUGGAGAAGUCUGUCAUGGCUAAGACAGCCUCAUCACUAAGUUCAGCAGAGGAGCAUAUGGAUGGUUUUUUAGCUGGGAGCUGAAUUCUGUGAGGUACCUUGCUUGGAGCAGUCAUUGAGGAUCUGUAUGUCCUCACCAUGGGAAGCCUGGCAUGCUUGUUGAGGGUGAUCUCACCACUGUAGGGUUUGUUUUAUACAGCAUAUCUUUUGACACUUUACAGUGGGUUUGUAUGUGUGUAUGUGUGCGUGUGUGCAUGUGUAAAGUUUUAUGUUCUUAUUUAUUUACAGACAUCAGAUAAAUUUUUAUGUAUUUUUCUUUCUUCUGGAGCUUCCUAAAAUUGAUUAGUAUCUGCACUGAAACAUAACUUAUCAUCAAAGGCAAGAAAGGACUAGAAGUUUUAAACUCCUAAUCAAUGAUGAUUAUCCUAGAGAUCCUUGUUUAUAUAGCAGAAACCAAAUGGAUUUCAGAUGUAGCUAUGAGCUCAAUUGACUUGGAUAGCUGCUGCUCAUCAGGGAAGAGCUCCAGUGGCAAAGGUGCCAACUUCCUCAACAUGGAGGUGAGGUCCUCCACAGAUGAGGAUGGGAUGAUCAUAGACAGCAAAGGAAUUGACAAGAUUCUGUAUUGAUUUGUUCUCAUAGUUAAGUGGCUGAUGCUUAGAGACUUUCAGCACAGAGUUGAAAGUGUGGUUUUAGUUUUGUGAAUGGAUGAUCACAAAAAGCAUUAAAAAAAAAAAAGUUGGCAAACGCUGAAGCGCACUGAGGUAUGAAGCGU